UUGAUUUAAAAUCCACUUUGCUGUGAAGGUCAUAUAUAAUUGAGACCGGGUUAAAUGUACUUUUAUCCAACCGGUUACUCCAUUGAGAAGUUUGCUCUCGCGCAGUGAUAUCGUCCUGUGUUUGUGUUUUUGUACCAAGAAAUCCAGCCAUGGUGUUGACUCUAUACAAACUAGACGCCAGCCCGCCUGCUCGCGCGGUUAUGAUGACGAUCGAGGCGCUGGGCAUCCAAGACGUGGAAUACGUUGAUGUCAACCUGCUGACAAAGGAUCAUCUGACGGAGGAAUACUUGAAGAUGAACCCUCAACACACGAUUCCGAUGCUCAAAGACGAUGACUUCAUUAUUUGGGACAGCCAUGCCAUCACAGCAUACUUGGUCGGAAAAUACGCCGAGAACAACGCUCUGUACCCAACUGACCUGAAGAAGAGGGCGCUGAUUGACCAGAGACUCCAUUUUGACAGUGGCAUUCUCUUCCCAGCUCUUCGAGGCAAUGUGGAACCAGUAUUAUUCAAAGGCGAGUCCUCCUUCAAGCCAGAAGGCCUUGAGAAGAUCAGCGUUGCAUAUGACUUCACUGACAAGUUCUUGGCAUCACUUUCACCGUACUUGGCAGGCAGUGACCUGACUCUUGCUGACAUCUGCUGCGUGGCUACCAUCAGCUCUCUAAACGCUUUGGUGCCUAUUGAUGAUAAUAAGUACCCAAACCUCGCUGCCUGGCUAGAACGUUGCUCUACAGAAGAAUUCUACAAGAAAGCAAACGAAGCCGGUGCACAACUGUUAGGACAAAUAGUUAAAAGCAAAUUGGCUUAAAAACAUUAAAAAAAACCACCAAAAAGUCUUAAAGACCAUGCACAAAAAUUAAAUUCAAAAUAUUUGAGAGUAUUUUAUCAUCACUUCUCACUAAACGACUACACAAAAUGUUUUCACGUAGGUAGGUGAUUGUUUACAUUGUAUUUAUUAAAAUAAAUUAAAAGCGAAGA